AUGUGGGAGAAGGGAUCGAAAGUCAAUGAUAGACCUAGAUUGAGCUUCACCGUUGAGGGAUUUGACUUCAACGAUGUAGGUAUCGAUGACUUUGAAGGCGCUGCUAAUGAAGAUGGAGAUAUCCAUGGGUCGACUCCAACAACACCCGAUACUCACUUAUCUCCAGUCAACGUGGACUGGACCAAUAGCGAAACCCAGCCCAAUUACCAUUCAGAUUCUCAAACAGGCCCACAAAGAAAUCAGUCAAACAACCCGAUUCCUUUAAGCCCUCCGAUAACACCAAACUCGUCCAAUUCACCCAGCAGCGCUUCGAGUUCGACUGGAGGAGGUGCCCCAAAAAGGUACCGAUUGCUAACCGAUCUUUAUGAGAACACCGAAGAAAUCCAAUUGCCACCAGAAGAAUUGAUGUUAUUAUCCAGCGAUGAUGAACCAGCGAGCUAUAGCGAAGCAUGUCGAAAGAAAGAAUGGAUACAGGCUAUGAACGAUGAAAUAGCCUCAAUUGAAAAAAAAACAACACCUGGAGCCUAG